AUGGAAUCAACCUCUUUGUUCCCUUCUCCUACGCUAACCUCCUUGCCCUCUUCAUCAGCUAAGGCGUCUUACCGGAAAAAACCGGUUAGACGGGUUGUUGCUGCAAGUAGAGGACCGGGUGACAGAGACUAUAGGGGCAAGCUGGUGGAUGAAAACAUGAUUGUCCUCAGAAUGCGCAUUAGAGAAGUGAAGAUGUUGGAGACGAGUAAAUCACCCCCAUCAAAUUGGAUGGAAUGGGAGAAGCGGUAUUAUGAACAUUACAAUGAAGAUGUAUGUCAAGCAGUGGGGUUGCUGCAAUCUUACCUGAUGAAUAUUAGGCCUAGUCUUGCUCUAGGGUUUUUGGGACUUAUCUCAUUGAGUGUGCCCAUGUCAACUGUGAUGGGUAUGUUUCAGGCUAUAAAGAUGGCCAAGGGACUCUUAUCUGGGUUAAGCUGA